UCAAACGAAACCAAACAGAAAAGAUGGCCAAUCCGUUUUUGAUGGACGACGACCUGGAUAGUGGCGAUGUGGCCGUGAAUCCGUUUUUAGUGCAAACCGAACCAGACGCGGGCGAGUCGGAGAACCCAUUCGGCGAGGCUGCGUCCAAUCCGUUCGCUUUUGGUGGCGAUGAGCUGGAAACGGAGGCAGAGCCUGUUGCUGACAUCGAUGCAGCCAUGAGCUUCUUUGGCACCACCAUCGAGGCCGAGGACGAUGCGCUUAGUCUUAAAUCAGCCGCCGAGGAGGACGAUGAGGGGAAGAAGGCCGCUGCGCCACCACCGCGUCCACAGCCACCGCAAAGUACGCAGGAGCUAAUACACACCGUCUCCAGCCAAUUGGACGAGACAAGCUCGGAACUCUUGGGCCGCAUACCGGCCACCCGCUCACCAAGUCCCGUGUCCAUGCGCGACCUGCACUCUCCCAGCCCUACGCCCGACUCUGGGCUGGCCGACCUGCUCGAUGUGGAUGUGUCGGACAGCGGCUCCAGUGCACAUAACCAAGCCAUCGAGGCGGAUCUCAUGGGCGGCAGCAUUGGGGCUCCAGCAGCUCCGUCGCCGCUUGACAAUCCCUUUGGCGUGCCAACGGCGGUGCCCAGUCUGCAGGGCAUGACGCCCAUGCCUUCACCGGCCAAGCAGCAGCCACCGCGCCCGCCACCACCGCGCCCGGUGCCACCACGCCCAACGCCACCGGCUCACAUACAGGGGCAUGGACAGCAGCAGCCAGCGCCGCCGCAACGUCCACCGCCCCCAUCUGCGCAGCCGGCUCAGGCCGCUGCCGAUGCGGAUGAUCUGCUGGACAUGUUUGGUAGCAGCAGCAAGCCGGCAAAGCCACCGCCGCCAAAGACCAAAGAGGAUAUACUUAGUCUGUUUGAGCAGCCAGCUGUGGCACCAGCGGUAGCUGCCAAACCAGAUUUGCUCAACGAUGAUCUACCCGAGUCGCAGGCGGGCGGUGAACCCAUUUUCACCUCGCUACUAAUUCGGCCCGAUGACAGCACCCAUGACAUUAGCUCACAGCCACAGCCGGCCACUGUGGCCACGCUCAUAGCGGCUUCUCAGGAAUCACUGCAACGGCAGCGGGCGCCUACGCCGGAUAUUGAGAUUACAACCGUAGAGGAUUUGCCGCGCUCCGAUGACGAGGACGAGCCGAUACCAACGCCGGUUGCACAGCCGCCGCCACAAGACGAGCCCGAGCCGAAACCGGAAGCGGAGCUGGAGCCGGAACAAGAGCCGGUGCCGGAGCCGGAGCCGAAACAGGAGGCCGUAAAGCAACAGCCAGAACAGGAACCGGAAUCCGAAGAACCAAUUCCCAUAGAGUCGGACCAAAGCCCACCUACGGAGUCGGCGGCAACCGCACAGAUUGUACACGAGUCCAACAUAGUGCUGGGCAGCGAUGAGCCGGAGCAAAUGGACACUGGUCUGGACUUUCCUGGCCUGGCCAGCGGCCAGUUGUCCGCCAAUCCCUUUGCCAGCCCCGAGGAGGAGGACGACCCAAGCUUUAGGCCGGUGCCGAUUGUCAGCAACAUCUUUGCUGUAGACGAGCCCGAAGUAGAGAUGCCGCCAGAGGUACAGCCCCGCGCUGUGCCACCAGUUCCGCCACCAGCUGCCAGCUAUGUGAGCAACAUCUUUGCAGCAGAACCGGAUGAGUUCGAUGCAUUCUCGGCCAAAUUUGACUCGGUGAAAAAAGACAACAUCAGCAUACUCGACGGCUUUGGAGGAGGGGGAUCGGGAGCUAUAACCCCCACGGGUGGUGAUGCUUGGGGCGACAGCGCCUUUGGUUCGUCCACGACAACGGCAAAUGCCUUUGGCGAGGUCAACUCGGCGGACGAUGGUUUCGGGAAUGAGGAUGACGAUUUCUAUGCCAUGCAGGCGCCGGUUCGUGCCGACUCCGUGGAGUCCGUGGACAAGGAAUUCAGCGUGGUCAUCAGACCAAAGGCGGAGGGCGCGUCUGGUGUGGCACCGCAGCUGGCGCCACCGCCGCCACCAGCGCGAACAAUGGUGCAGGCAACGGCCGAUCCGACAACCAUAUCGCCACCAGCGGCGACAGUGAAUCCGUUCGAGGAUGUAACUGGUUUCCCGGCACCGUCGGCCACGGAGGGUAGCAUAAAGCGCACAGACUCGCAGGAUACGCCACAGACGCCUCUGUUUGACGAGGAUGUGUCGCAGCCACUGGAAGAAUUCCCGCGGCUGAAUUACGUUGGCCCCGGCUGGGAGAUGCAGCUGCGUCAGCCCAACAAGAAGAAAAUCACGGGUCAGCGUUUCUGGAAGAAGAUUUUUGUGCGACUGGUGGUGCAGAACGAUGUGCCGGUGGUCCAGCUGCUCAACCAGGCCGGCGACAAACAGCCAUUCCAGGAGCUGCCGCUGCAGCCCUCCUAUUCGGUGUCCGAGAUUGGCGCCCAGCAGUACGAUCAGUUUGGCAAGAUCUUCACCAUGAAGCUCCAAUAUAUAUUCUACAAAGAGCGGCCCGGCGUCCGACCCGGCCAGGUGACUAAAGCAGAGCGCAUUACCAACAAGCUGACCAAGUUCGCACAAUAUGCCAUCGCUGGCGACUAUGAGGGCGUCAAGGAGUUUGGCAGCGAUCUCAAGAAGCUCGGCCUGCCUGUAGAGCAUGCACCGCAAUCAUCGCAGCUCUUCAAGAUCGGCUCCAUGAACUACGAAGACAUGAAACAGUUCUCCGUUUGCAUUGAGGAGGCCCUUUUCAAGCUGCCAGCACUGCGCGAGCGCGCGCUCACCUACAAAAUGGAAGAAGUACAGGUGACGGCAGUCGAUGAGAUCACAGUCGAGCAGGACUACGAGGGCAAGAUACUGAAGCAGAUAGCGCGCGUACGCCUUUUCUUUCUCGCCUUUCUCACGGGCAUGCCCACAAUUGAGCUCGGCGUCAACGAUAUGUGGCGCCAGGGCAAGGAGGUGGUUGGCCGACAUGACAUCAUACCCGUGGCCACCGAGGAAUGGAUACGUCUGGAGGCUGUCGAAUUCCAUAGCGUUGUCAAUCAGCAGGAGUACGAGCGCACACGCACCAUUAAGUUCCAGCCGCCAGAUGCCAACUACAUUGAACUGCUACGCUUCCGUGUGCGUCCGCCUAAGAAUCGGGAACUUCCGCUGCAGCUGAAGGCCACCUGGUGCGUUACCGGCAACAAGGUGGAACUGCGCGCCGACAUACUUGUACCAGGCUUUACCUCGCGUAAGCUGGGCCAGAUACCCUGCGAGGAUGUCUCAGUGCGUUUCCCCAUACCCGAGUGCUGGAUUUAUCUGUUCCGCGUCGAGAAGCACUUCAGAUACGGUUCCGUGAAGUCGGCACAUCGACGCACUGGUAAGAUCAAGGGCAUUGAGCGCAUAUUGGGCGCCGUGGACACGCUCCAGGAGUCGCUCAUCGAGGUGACCUCCGGACAGGCCAAGUACGAGCAUCAUCAUCGCGCCAUUGUCUGGCGCUGUCCGCGUCUGCCCAAGGAAGGUCAGGGCGCUUAUACCACACAUCAGCUGGUCUGCCGCAUGGCACUCACAUCGUAUGACCAAAUACCCAGCGAACUGGCGCCAUACGCAUUCGUGGAAUUUACAAUGCCCGCCACGCAGGUCUCGCAUACCACCGUGCGCUCUGUGAGCGUGCAGGACUCCGAUGCCGAUGAGCCGCCGGAGAAGUACGUCCGCUACCUAGCACGGCAUGAGUACAAAGUUGGCAUCGAGACCACGCACGGCGAGUCCACGAAUGCGUAUUUGGCGGCAACGCGACCCAUACGCGAGGAGCCCGCCACUGUGGCCGCGAAGCCGGCUGCCUCGCCGGUGCCACCCAGUGACUCGGACUCGGACUCAAACUAAGCAAUUGCUGAGUGCCAGUUGAACGAUUUGGUGGUUCUGUAGAUAAUUUCCUUGGGCGCAAACAACGCCAAAGCACUCCACCCUCAGCAUUCGGUAUUUGGUUUUCUUUCGUGUUCUCAUCGUAUAUUAAUUUGAUUUGGCAUGCUCCCAGUGGACUCGAUUUGUAUCAGUUGAGUGCACUGCGAGCAGUUCAAAUAUAUAUUUGUAAUAAUGAUUAGUUGACAAUAAAUACAGGAAAAGCAACACACACACACAUGAAGAUCGCUUGUGGAACGGAUAAGGAAAUAUCAAGAAUUAAUAAGAUGGAUGGUCCAACGAAAGGUAUCGAGCAUAUAGAUGUAGCUGUGUUCGGGUCCUAUUGAGUCUUCGGUUCUAUAUUGCAAGCCCAUACUAACCAUUAUACUUACCUAUAUGUAAUCAUAACAAAUAAUUAACAAUGUUAAUCAAGCGACCAAAGCGAGCGAGACGAUCGUAUCGUGCUUAAAGUCAACCCAUACAUAUGCAUAGGAAUAAUGGUUAAACAAAAGCAUCUAAAAACAAAACAAAUACAUAUACAUGCAUAUAUACAUGCUUAUACGUAUAUAUAUGUAUACAUAAAUCGAAAGUUCAUAGUUAUAACCUUUAAAAAGAUGUUACAUACAUAUGCAUAUAUACUUUAAGCCAAGUGGCAAGACAUAAGAAAUGAAAAGCAAUUUCGCAAAACAUCGUUCAACUACGAUUUAAGAUUACGUUGAAGAAAUUAUUCCAAGCAACAUCAGCUACCCGAUCAGCAACUACUUUUACUAAAGAACUACUCUAACUUAUGAGUUGUUCGCAACUGUACAUCUACCAAAACUGGGUCAACAAAUGGGUGUAAGCAAAGAGGCGACAGGCCAACGCACACACCUAUAAUAACAAAACACUAACACUCACACACAGACACACACACACACACACACACAUACUAUUAAACACUGAACAAAAUAAGCAUACAUAUUUAAAGCUACGUUUAAAUUAAUGUGUUUACGCCUAAAAGCACAGUUGAACCUAAUGGAACAUUUGAGUGCAGCAAGGACAUGCCGAUGUUGGAAAGUGCUUUGCAAAUUGGAAGUUUCCAACACUAAUAGGAUGGCAACUCUAAGCAGCGCAUGAUCAUCGUUCAACUAAGCUCAUCAAAUUGAAAACUAAGCAAACUGCAACUGCAACUGUAACUGUAAAACUAUCCAUAGUAUAUUUAAAUGUCAAAGCAAAAAUAAACUAAGCUUUAUAAAACCAAUUGAUUUAAAUUUAUAAAUGAAUUCAAUUUAACUUCAAGCAAAACGGAAAUGCAUAUUCAAAUGUUAUUGUUGUGAAUCAAACUAAAUUAUAUAUUCAAAUAGAUAAAUAACUUAAAAACAAAAAAAACAAAAAAAAAAAAAAACAAAAGCAAAAUGAUGAAAAGAUUAAAGCAACGUAAACUAAAUGCAUAUAGAGAAAGCAUAUUUGUUAAAUGGAAGCAAACGUUUAUAAACCAAACUACAUACAUAUAUGAACAAAAAAAAAAAAAAA